ACACUGUUUCGCGCUCCUUUUUCUUGCACCUCCCCCCACAUUUGUUGUGAUUUUUUUUAUUUUUUUCCCCCCUCGUUGUUAAUUUUUCGUAUAAUAUGUUUCCACAAAAAAGUUCAGAGGUAUAUCGCAAGCCUGAUAGCCACCAACCGCCGCCGAACGUCGAGCUGGCCGGCAACCUCGAAUAUCCCAAUCUCAACGCAGCCGAUCUGAGCGCACGCUUGGAGAAUCUUUCGCUACGGCUUUUUGGCUCCUGGGACAGCAUCAGCAUGAAUGAACAGAACCACUUUGCCAUCGCCACCAAUCGCCGGGAAGGUGGCGAGUGGUGGGGCGUGUUCUUUGGCUACUCGAAGGAGAAUUUGAAGCACAUGACGGUGGAGAAUGCCGACUACAAGCUGCAGUCCAGCCACACGGUGAACAUUGUUCGCUAUGCGGGUAACAACGUGCUGCUGGUGGCACUGGGAGACACAAAACUGCAGGCCUGGUCCACAUACUCGAAAGUGCGCGAUCCCAAGUCCCCGUAUUGCCUCUUUAUGGUCGGCGAACCGGCGGCCCAUCCCACACCCAUCAGCCAUUUGAGUGUGUUCAAAUCGGAGCCACAAAAGGCUGUAAGCGCAUCGCCGGAUGGUACACUAAAUAUGUGGAACUUCUCUGGCGCAGAUCUGGUUAGCUCUUACCGCACCAACUAUGCGCACACGGACAAACUCACGGGCAUGGCCACACCCGUGAGCAAUGCCAACCAGUUUGUGACCUGUGAUCGUGGUGGCUGUGCACGCAUCUGGGAUGCACGUGCCGCGGCGCCAUCUUCCAUGACGCUCUACAACGAUGCCAGUCAUAUGAUAAGCUUCACCUGUGCCGCCUGGGCAAAGCCCACGGAGCUGCAGGGCGAUAACUACAUUUAUUUUGGUGAUUUCGAUGGCAAUGUCCAUACCAUAGACAUUCGUGUGCCCAAGAAGUUCGCAGAGACGCUGCAAUACUUCGAUGACAGCAUUAUCUCGCAGCUUUCGAUCAAUGGUUGCCAUUUGGCUGUCAUGGGCAAUCAACCCGCUGGCGUAAAGAUAGCCAAGAAACAUGAUAAUGGUAAGCACGAGAUUAUCUACACAAAUACGGACACGCAUGACCGUCUGACGGACGCCGUUUGGACCGAUGCACAGACACUACUCACCAUUGGAUACGGUCGUAAAAUGGCCAAACAUUCUAUAGCAUAAGUUCUAUAUAUAUCUAUAUAUA